AUGUCUGUCGUGUUCUGGACUCGAAUCUUACUUGCCCUUGGAGGCACCCUCGCCGCGGCUCAAGCCACACUCGAUCCCCCAGUCAUCGAGGGAAAAGGUGUGCAAUACAUAGGCGGUCGUAAUGCUACUGGAAACACGGAUUAUUUCUUGAGUGUUCCGUUUGCUCAACCUCCCGUCGGUUCUUUGCGGUUCAAGCCGCCUGUGGCUUGGGCCCCGGAAGACUCGAAUCCGAUCGUCAAUGCCACAACCUAUGGUCCUAGCUGCGCACAAGGACUUGCCGGGUAUGCGGACUAUGUCUCAGAGGAUUGCCUGACAUUGCAUAUCUGGAAACCGAGCAAUAUCACCGAAAAACUGCCAGUAAUGGUUUGGAUAUAUGGAGGUGGAUUUUACUUUGGUUCGGCCCAAGGUUAUGAAGGAUGGUAUAUCGUGCAGCCUUCAAUCGCUGUUGGAAAACCGGUAAUCUACGUCGCGCUGAACUACCGCACUGGCAUAUUUGGUUUCCCUCCUGGGAGCAAAUCUGCCGAGGCCGGUGCGUUGAACCUUGGCCUCAAAGACCAGCGACUUGCUCUGGAAUGGGUUCAAGAAAACAUUGAAUACUUUGGUGGUGACAAAACUAAAGUGACAUUGUUUGGAGAAUCUGCUGGCGCAGUCAGCACAGCCUAUCAAUCACUUUACAAAGGCGGAGACAUUGGUGGUGUUUUCCGAGGAAUGAUCAUGCAGUCCGGUUCCCCCUCCACCGUCAACGUCCCCCCCGCUAAUGAUCCAGUUCAAGAGCAAGCUUAUCAAUUCGUAGUCAACGCAACAGGGUGUGCGAGUUCGGCGAACACCUUUGAAUGUUUACGCGGUGCUCCUUCCGAUGUGCUCCAACAAGCAAACCAGGACGUGAUCCAAGUCCCUGCCGAGUGGAAAGGCCCUGAUCAAGGUCCUGUGGUACUUGGGCCCGUUCUGGCACCGGGUGAUGACUUUUUACCUGAAUUACCGUCGGUUAGCCUUCACGCUGGGCGCUACGCCAAGAUUCCGUUCAUCAAUGGAGUUGUCAAGGAUGAGGGUACUGUGUUUAUCAACCAGACAACCCCCCAAACCGACAAGGACGUGGCUGACUGGCUCUUGUACCAAGCCCCGGGCCUCUAUUUCGGUGUCAACAAUGAAACCGCAGUGCAGGAAUUACUCCAAUUUUAUCCUGCAGAUCCUGCCGCUGGCUCGCCAUAUGGAACCGGUAGCGAGACCUUUGGGGUGGCUGCACAAUAUAAGCGCUUGGCCAGUUUGGUCGGCGAUAUUAUUUUCCAGGCGAGUCGUCGCGACCACGUUCGGUCUGCUACCAAGGAUGGCGUUAAAGUCUGGUCUUAUUUCUUAAAUCAAUCGAUCAACGCACUCGACCCUUCGCUUGACUCUUGGGGAGUACAACACACUGCCGAGAACGUCUUUGUAUUUUAUGCGGUAAACGAGUUUACUGGCGGUGCUGCCAUUCCCGAGUCGUAUUACCGGACCCAGAAUGCGACCUUCAACUACUGGAUCAAUUUCGCUUAUAACCUCGACCCUAAUGAGCCAGCGCACUACCCGUACUGGCCGAAAUACGGAAAUAAUGCGACCCUACUCAGUCUUGGUGAGAAUAUUAGCCCGAUUCCAGACACUUUCCGUGCCGAAGGAAUCGAGUAUAUUAUCAACACACCGAGCCUUUACAAUUAG